GGGAGGCAUCAGGUUUCCUUUGCUCCUUCUACUUGUGUAUGUCAAUAGGCACAUAGUGUUACAGCAGUCCAGGGCUUGUCAAUACUAGGAAACUUCUGUCAGCAUAAGCACAGAACAACAGGAGCAGCAUAUGCCCUCUUGAAAGUCAUCUUCUUUCUCCUACAACUGACAUGGGAAUGUCUUUUCAUUCCUUGAUAACGUUAGUUAACCCUGUAAAAUAGGAUUAUUCUUUUGGAAUAGCUGCAUCUGUCUGGAUUUUCCUCUGUAGAGCCUCAUCAAAUGAGGGUAUGAUGUGUAUUGUCAUCUUAAUACAAGAUGAGAGGGCAUGGGUGUGAUGUCAGGACUUGCUGUAGGCUAGCCCGCCAUUCGUUCCCAGUCCUGGCUGCAUUCCAAAUUCCACAGCAGUUCUUUUAUCCCUUGCUUUGCCUCCUGUCAUUACUCUCAUCCCCUCCACAGCGUAGCAUGCAGCCAUGCCUUCCUGUUCAUGCCUCUAUGGUUUCUCACACCAUACCGCAGAUAUGCAAAUGUCUUGUUUUAGCAUAGUGAAAGAUGCCUUUCACCUUCUUGAGACUUUGGAUUAGUUGCAUGUGUGAUGCAGCAUACAUGAUCUGUAGAAAAUUACAAUUCUCUCAUGCAGGGGAGAGAAUUUGGUGAUUCAUAGCAUGGCAUAGCCCACGCUAAGCGAAUACAGUUAUUAUUGUUAAUGACCAGCUCAUUCAGAAUUGGUUUUGUUGUUAACCAGUGCUUUUAUCAGAGUUGAUACAAGAUGGCUUUACACGACAAAGCAUACUGCAUUUCCUCUGCAUUUUUUCACUUGCCCAACAGCAAAUCUGAUGUGACCAUUUUGGCAAACAGCCCUGUGAUCUCUUUGGUGGUGGUCCCUGCCGUUGGAGGUCUGUGACAGGCUGGGAAUGCCUGGGGUGGUGCAAGUCUCAUUUGACAUGUCAGUCUUCCAAGGCCUCCAAGCUGCUGAAAUCAAAGGUUGAUCUUUAACACAGCAAGAAAGAUCCCUUUUGUGAGACUUAACAACAUUGCCUACUGUUUUGGCUUUGGAUACUGUAGCAUUAAACUAAUAUAAUAAUAAGACGACAAAAGAAGCCCUCCCUCCUCAAGAAAAGGGUCUCUGGGGGAGUAUUAGGUUUCUGUGGCUGGUACGUUGACUGUCCUUGCUGACUGAUACGUGUUUCUUUGGACAGAUCCUGAAGGAGAUACACCUUAUGGACUAGUGUGUAGUGCACUGGCCCAGAACUCAGGGUAUAUGACAUAGCCACAGAAUUCCUGGGUGUCUGUGGCUAAAUCAGUCUACCAUGCACCUCAGUACCCUGCUUGUAAAAACGAGGGUAGUAGUAUCCCUUACAAAGGUGUUGUGAGAAUAAUGUUAUAGGUUAGGACAGAUAUAUUGCAGUAGGGCUGAGCCAUAUGUGAAUAGAGAGAAAGGUAUAUAUUAGUGCAUAAGAAGAUAAUUAUUUUAGGACAUAGGACAGAGUAGAAGCAGCAGUUUAAAAGGGUUAUAGCCUCUAAAAGGAGGGAUAGAGUAGUAUAAAGCCAUCCUGCCCCUAACGGGGAAACAAGGAAGCUCCUGAAGGUUGCUGUAAGCCGGUUGUCCCGCAGCAUACUUUAGAUGCUACGAAAUUAGAAGUAUGGAAUACCAUCAUGUGUGCUUCCAGUGUUAGAUCCCAGGCAGUUCCUUGUCUCGGGGGCUGAAGAACAUUGUGGAGGUCCCUGACACAAGCAGGAUUUUUUUAAUUGCCUUUAGCAUUGGGUGUUUAAAGUGUUUGCUGAAAUCUGCACUGUUGAACAAAGCAGCCUCGGCUGUAUUUCAGAAUGUAUUUUCAUGCUUUUUAAUAAAUCUCAACAUGCAUCUGAACACGGUUGGUGAACAGAUGUCUCGGGAAAGGCACUGUGUGUUUGGAUAGUCCUUGGUGUAAUGGAUCUCUCUAGGAAUUUGGACAUUGUCACGGUACAAACCUGCUGUCCAGCAGAGGUAACAGCCGUGCUGCGGAGGGCUGAAGCGCAGUGGAAGUUACCAGGUAUUGAGAACCUGCCAUUUGAAUUGCAGAGAAACUUCCAGCUCAUGCGAGACCUGGAUCAGAGGACGGAAGACCUCAAGUCGGAGAUCGAUAAGUUGGCCACAGAGUAUAUCAGCAAUGCACGGACUUUGUCUUCGGAGGAAAAACUGGGGCUUCUCAAGCAAAUCCAGGAGGCCUAUGGGAAAUGCAAGGAAUUUGGGGACGACAAGGUUCAGCUGGCUAUGCAGACCUAUGAGAUGGUUGAUAAGCACAUCCGUCGGCUGGACACAGACCUCGCUCGCUUCGAAGCAGACCUGAAGGAGAAGCAGAUAGAGUCGAGUGACUAUGACAGUUCUUCCAGCAAGGGCAAGAAGAAGGGCCGAGCCCAAAAAGAGAAGAAAGCUGCCCGUGCUCGCUCUAAAGGGAAAAACUCUGAUGAGGAAGCACCAAAAGCUACCCAAAAGAAACUGAAGCUUGUCCGCACCACAGAGUAUGGGAUGCCUUCAGUCACCUUUGGAAAUGUGCACCCUUCGGAUGUAUUGGAUAUGCCAGUCGAUCCCAAUGAGCCUACUUACUGCCUCUGCCACCAGGUUUCCUAUGGGGAGAUGAUUGGCUGCGACAACCCAGAUUGUUCCAUUGAAUGGUUUCAUUUUGCCUGUGUGGGUCUGACAACAAAACCAAGAGGAAAAUGGUUCUGCCCUCGCUGUUCCCAGGAGAGGAAGAAGAAGUAAAAUCCCAUGAGCCCUAAGUCCUGCUGCAGGAGCUUUCUUCCCCCUGUCAGGGCCUCGUCCCAGCUCCCCCAGCCCUUGAGGCCUUGGCUGGGGGGGAGUCUUGCCCUGUUUGUGGUUUGGGCCCUCCCUGGAAUGGUGUGUACCCUCACGGUGGCUUCUGUGUUCUGUAUCCCUGGGUGCUUCCGAAUCCCUAAGAAAGGCCCUCUCUGUGUACUAUUCCAAACAGGUCUCUGAGCCUCAAAGGGAAUGAAUGAGGGCACCAGGGUAGCCACCAGAUUCCCAGGGAUUCAGGUAGCCCCUGAUUUUCCUUCGCUUUCCUUCAGCCUCCUCAGAGUUCAUUGCCUACUCUCUGCUUAGAGAACAAGGCUAUGGGAUGGGGGAAGGAAAGGAGGUAAGUCUUCAGCAUUUUAGGUCUUUGAUUUUCCUGGAUUUUUUUCAGGAGAGAGGGAGUAACCAGGCCACUUCUUAAUCUAGUGGGCUGGUUGAGAGACUGCAAACCUAAUGUACUCCCUAUCUUUAAUCAUUCCACUACUGGUAUUGAGCAGCCUCUUUUGUUGGGGAGAGCAGGAGGAAGAGAGAGUGUUUAGAACUAGCUUUGUCUCUCUUAUUCCUGGGGUAAAACCUGCGGGUCUGGGAAACACAUAGUGUGAAGGAGGAAGAAUUUCUGACCACACAGGGAGAAACGGCUUGAUCUAGCCUGUCUUCCAUCUCCAAAAUUCUGCCUUCCUUAUUGUGCAGUGGUGCUUCUCCAUUAUGUUGAUGAUGGGAAGUUUGGGGAUUCAGAUCCCACUUGUAUAAUACAGAGUUAAAUAAAGUUCAUUGAAACAAA